AUGUCAAUGCUCGAUACGGCAACCGCUUUCUCCUAUCAUAAUUCUCAAUCCGACUCCAAAAAUUCCGGAGGUCUAUUUAGUAAUCUUGCGCUCCCAUCCACCCAACUUUUAUCCUCCUCUCUGGUUAUGCUUCCAUUGGGUGGAUAUUUUUCGCAGCGAUCAUCGUCUCCGGAGCAAGAGAAAGUUUCACAGCAACAAAAUAUUUCCUCAGCCAGUAUUCCUUCACACUCUACGCCACAACAACCAACCCAUAAUAACAAACGCUCCUCACGGAAAGUUAAUCAGCAACAACAAAGGCAAUCAUUUUCUUCAGCUAUCGCUUCCACCUUGACUGUUGGUAAUAUGGGCAGCAUCUUAUCUUCUUCGAACAACGGCAGUAGUAAUGACAACGCAAGUAGUAAUAACGACACCACUAAUAAUAACGACACCGCCCCCAAGAAAAAUUCACCGGCGAUCAUCAAUAACGCACAUCAUCAUCGUAGAAAGAGGCCAUCCAACAAAAUCAUCCGCAAGAAAAUCGAUCAGGCGAUCGCGUUCUCCGCUUACGCCGUGGAAGAAGAUCACCAAGAAAAUUCCGACUGCGCGCUUGACCUCUAUUUGACGGCCCUUGAAAACAUGUUGGAAGCCUUGCCAAUUCAAGCCGAUCAAUCAAGGAGAGACGCAUUAAAAAACAAAUUAAGGGAAUUCAUGGACCGCACAGGAUUGACCGAAGAAUUCAUGGAAUUCAAGAAUCCACCAUCGUCGUCACCGGCUUCUGGUCAAGAGGACAAGAAAUGCGAAUGCACCUCAUCAACAUGGCCACAGACAUCACAAAGCAUAAAGAAUUCUGGCAUAUCUAAACACAUAAUCAACGCAGCCAUAACAAGCGCUGUGGCAUUGAAACAAUCUCCAAUUCCUGACGCCGUGUCGGCAACCGUAAAUUACACCAUGAGGAAAAUCAAGAACAUCGAUGAGGCCUACGGGUUACAGGAUAAGGCAUGGGAGAUAUCGAGGACCGGAAUCAACUUGGCAUUAGAAAUUGAUUCACAAUACAACGUGCACGAGAAAGUCGGUAAUGCACUGUUUACAGGCUUAGCCGCAGCCAUGAAAGCAGGCAUCGCGUACAAGGAUUCACCCUCGUACCGCGAAUUGAAAAAGAUGAAGGAUCAGUAUAGUGCGGCCGGUAGUGAGAAAAAAAAUGACACCUGUGGUAGUAGCACCCAAGAAUACGAAGGUGACGUUCGUCAUUAUUCAACUACGUGCAGAAACCUCACUGGUUUUCCUGCGGUCAUAAAACUACCAAAUUUCGUAAAAACCAUUCCCAAUCUUAAGUCAAAAAGCCACCAACAGAAUGCUAUCGUAAGCCGAAUGAAUAAAUCAGGUUUACAAAAUUUCUCCAAUCACUCUUUUAGUCUUGACACUUGUGAUCCAAAUAAAACGAUCUCGGUAUUGUCGUUCAAGUUGUAUGGAAAAAAUUUCCGAGUUAGAUUCGCUCAGAAUAGACCAGGAAUGAGAAUCAAAAAGAAAUUUCAUGUUGCGGACCUGCAGGCUUCACGGGCUACAUUAGAAAAGUCUCUCAAAGACGCAGGUCACAAUGAGAACACGGACAUUGUUAUUCCUCGCAUGACAAUAUCGAAUUGGAAAGACAAUUGCAUAAAAAUUGACGCACGAGAGUCCGCUCGUUCACAAAUGCAAGGGGAUCAGGACAAUGGUGACAUCAAUGUAAUUAUCGUGGAUUUUAAUGCUAUGCUAGGGCCGAUUGUACUUUUUUCUGGUGACUCCCGUCUGCUUAAGGGUCUCGAAGAUCCUACCGGAUUUGCACAACCAGGAUCAACCCUCGUGACGUACGCAGUAGACCUUUCAUUUAUGCACACUGCCACCUUUUC